UACAUGGAGAACAGGACACGUGUGAUAGAGUUUGUUCUACUGGGGCUCACAGAGAGCCCGAAGAUGCAGAAAAUCAUAUUUGUUGUGUUUUUGGUCGUCUACACCAUCACCGUGGUAGGAAAUGUGCUCACCGUGGUCACCAUCAAUGCCAGCCCGUCACUGGGAUCGCCCAUGUACUUUUUCCUGGCCUACCUCUCCUUUAUUGACGCCUGCUAUUCCUCGGUCAACACCCCCAAACUGAUCGUAGAUUCGCUUCAUGAAAAGAAGACCACCCCGUUCAAUGGAUGCAUGACCCAGAUCUUCGGGGAACAUUUUUUCGGAGGUGCCGAGGGCAUCCUGCUGACUGUGAUGGCUUACGAUCGAUACGUGGCCAUCUGCAAGCCCUUGCACUAUACGACCAUCAUGAAUCGGCGGGUGUGUGGCCUGCUCGUGGGAGUGGUGUGGGUGGGAGGCUUUCUUCACGCAGCCAUACAGAUCCUCUUCGUCCUCAGGUUACCCUUCUGUGGCCCUAACAUCAUAGAUCACUUUAUGUGUGACCUGAACCCUUUACUGAAUCUCGCCUGCACUGAUACCCACACCCUAGGGCUCUUCGUUGCUGCCAACAGUGGGUUCAUCUGUCUGUUAAACUUCCUCCUCCUGAUGGUCUCCUAUGUGGUCAUUCUGCGCUCCCUAAGGACCUACAGCUUAGUGGCAAGGCGCAAAGCCCUCUCCACCUGUGUCUCCCACAUCACAGUGGUCGUCUUAUUUUUUGUGCCCUGCAUAUUUGUGUAUAUGAGGCCGGCAGCUACUUUACCGAUUGACAAAGCAGUUGCCGUAUUCUAUACUAUCAUAACUCCCAUGUUGAAUCCUUUAAUCUAUACCUUGAGAAAUUCCCAGAUGAAAGAUGCCAUUAGGAAAUUCUUCUCCAAAAGAUUGGAAUCCCAGUGGAAACCAGCAUCUUAA